AAAUGGUUAUAUGAUUAAUGAUAUCAGUAUAAAUGGUUAUAUGAUUAAUGAUAUCAGUAUAAAUGGUUAUAUGAUUAAUGAUAUCAGUAUAAAUUAUUACAGAGUAAAUCCUCACACAAGGCAGAAGUUACAGGAAGGAGCAAACUUUCUGCGGUCUGAAGGGGUUGUUGCUGGACGACAUGCCGGUCAGCAGCGGGUCCUGCUGGGCGUUCUGAAGACAGAACUGCUGCAGGUCGGCCGCGGCCUGUGAGACCUAUCACCAUGGAAACAUCAUUGUUGUCAUCUUUCUUACAGUCGGGAACAUAUCAUUAUUGAUGACAAUAUGUUUCCGACUGUAACAAAGAUGACAAUGUUUCCUUGGACAGUUAGAAAAAUUGUGUCAUCUUUCUUACAGUCGGAAAUAUUUUCAUAUUUCAUACAGUCAGAAACAUUUUCAUCUUUCCUACAGUCAGAAACAUUGUCAUCUUUCUUACAGUUAAAAAAACAUCGUUCUUACAGUUGGAAGCAUAUCAUUAUUGUCAUCUUUCUUAUAGUCGGAAACAUUUUGUCAUCUUUCUUACAGUCUGAAGCAUAUUGUUGUUGUCAUCUUUCUUACAGUCGGGAACAUCAUCAUUGUCAUCUUUCUUUCAGUAGGAAACAUUUGUUCAUCUUUCUUGCAGUUAAAAAAACAUUGUUAUCGUUCUUACAGUUGGAAGCAUAUCAUUAUUGUCAUCUUUCUUGGAGUUGGUAUCAUCAUUGUUAUCUUUCUUACAGUCUGAAACAUAUUGUUAAUGUCAUUGUUCUUACAGUCGGAAAUAUCAUUAUUGUCAUCCUAUAGUCGGAAACAUAUUGUCAACUUUCUUAAAGUCUGAAACAUAUUGUUAAUGUCAUUGUUCUUACAGUCGGAAAUAUCAUUAUUGUCAUCUUAUAGUCGGAAACAUUGUCAUCUUUCUUACAGUCUGAAACAUAUUGUUAUAGUCAUCUAUCUUACAGUUGGAAACAUUGUCAUCUUUCUUACAGUCAAACAUAUUGUUAUAGUCAUCUAUCUUACAGUUGAAAACAUCAUUAUUGUCAUCUUUCUUACAGUUGGAAACAUCAUUGUCAUUUUUCUUACAGUCGGAAACAUUGUUAUUGUCAUCUUUCUUUCAGUAGGGAACAUCAUUAUUGUCAUCUGUCUUACAGUCUGAAACACAUCAUUAUUGUCAUAUUUCUUACAGUCAAAAACAUAUUGUCAUCUUUCUUACAGUUGGAAGCAUAUUGUCAUAUUUCUUAGUCGGAAACAGUGUCAUCUUCCUUACAGUCGAAAACAUAUUGUCAUAUUUCUUACAGUCAGAAACGGAUCAUUAUCGUCAUCUUUCUUACAGUCGUAAAAAUAUUCUCAUCUUUCUUACAGUCGGAAACAUUGUCAUCUUUCUUACAGUCAAACGUAUUGUUAUAGUCAUCUAUCUUACAGUCGGAAACAUCAUUAUUGUCAUCUUCCUUACGGUUGCAAACAUUGUCAUUUUUCUUACAGUCGGAAACAUUGUCAUAUUUCUUACAGUCGGAAACAUUGUCAUAUUUCUUACAGUCGGAAACAUUGUCAUAUUUCUUACAGUCGGAAACAUACUGUCAUCCUUUUUACAGUCGGAGACACAUUAUUGUCAUCUUUCUUACAGUCUGAAACAUCAUUAUUGUCAUCUUUCUUACAGUCUGAAACAUCAUUAUUGUCAUCUUUCUUAGUCUGAAACAUAUUGUCAUCUUUCUUACAGUCGGAAACACAUUGUCAUCUUUCUAAUUGUUGGAAAAUUUGUUGUCAUCUUUUAUACAAUCGGAAAAAUGUCAUUGUUGUCAUCUUCCUUACAGUCGGAAACAUUUCAGUAUUGUCAUCUUUCUAAAUGUCGGGAACAUUGUUGUCAUCUUCCCAACAGUGUGAAAUAUGUCAUGUUGUCAUCUUCCCAACAGUGUGAAAUAUGUCAUGUUGUCAUCUUCCCAACAGUGUGAAAUAUGUCAUUGUUGUCAUCUUCCCAACAGUGUGAAAUAUGUCAUGUUUGUAGUUGUCUAAAGUAGUUUUAUUCCAAACACGCCCUAAAGUAGAGUCCUUUCUGUUUACCUUGACUCGGUUUAUUCCCGCCUCAAGUCGCAGCUGUUGGACGACUUUCUUCAUCGCCACGAUGUUGGAAGAUCCCGACAUGUUGUCUUUUAUUCUCUGGACUUUUAACAAAAAGUCAACUUGUUGACGGCAAACUACUACUUUUGCUCAACACUGGACUUCCGGUGUAUGGGGAGGCGUGUCCUCUAAUGUUGCAUUCAGACGCCCGAAGUGUAAUGGGAAUUCACGCAACUAGUGGGAUAUGGAAAUCUACGUAAAUUCCAGUUUUAUGUGUGCGUUUUGUAUUUGUUAGACUCGCAUGCUGUAAACAUUCCAAAUAAAAUCGUUGCUCUAUGACGUAGAUACACACAGUUAAAAACUACUGCAAGCCGACAGAAUAAAAUGGUGCCUACAUUACCGGAAGUACUUGAACGUUACUGUGGUUGAGCGGAAACGUCUGCCUCUAGUCGCGGGAAGGUAUGCUUACCACGCAUCUUUUUCUACCUAAACGCAAAUAUAUCAUUAUUGUCAUCCUUUUCUACCUAAAAGUCAAUAUAUACCCGCUGCACUGUGCACUUUAUACUUAUAUUAAGUACCCUGCGUACUUAAUUACUCAUCAUUUGUGCUGAGUGCAACAUCCGGGUACCGAGGACGCACUUAUACACUCACCUGCCUAAAAGUCAUCUUUCUUUCAGUCGGAAACAUAUUAUUGUCAUCUUUUUCUACUUAGACGUCAAUAUAUAUCCGCUUCACUGUGUACUUUAUACUUAAGUACACUGCGCACUUAAUUACUUACCAUUUGUGGGGAGUGCAACAUCCGGGUACUGUGGACGCUUCUUAUGCACUCACGUACUUUAAGUCCUCUUUCUUACAGUCGGAAACAUUUUGUUGUAAUAUUUUUCUACCUAAACGUCAAUAGAUACCCGCUGCACUGAGUAAUGUAUACUUCUUAUACUAAAUACAUUGCACACUUACUCACCAUUUCUGGUCAGUGCAACAUCCGGGUGCUUACGACGCACUUAUGCACUCACCUACUUAAAAGUCAUCUUUCUUUCAGUCGGAAACAUAUUAUUGUCAUCUUUUUCUACUUAGACCUCAAUUUAUACCCGCUGCACUGUACACUGUAUACUUCUUGUACUAAGUACACUGCGCACUUAAUUACUCAUCAUUUGUGGUGAGUGCAGCAUCCGGGUACUGUGGACGCACUUAUACACUCACGUACUUAAAAGUCCUCUUUCUUUCAGUCAGAAACAUAUCAUUAUUGUCGUCUUUUUCUACUUAGACGUCAAUAUAUAUCCGUAGCACUUUAUACUUCUUAUAUUAAGUACACUGCGCACUUAAUUACUCAUUUGUGGUGAGUGCAACAUCCGGGUACUGUGGACGCUUCUUACGCACUCACUUACUUUAAGUCAUCUUUCUUACAGUCGGAAACAAAUUAUUGUCAUAUUUUUUCUACCUAAAAGUCAAUAUAUACCCGCUGCACUGUAUACUUCUUAUACUAAGUACACUGCGCACUUAUAUUACUCAUCAUUUGUGGUGAGUGCAACAUCCGGGUACUGUGGACGCACUUAUGCACUCACCUACUUAAAAGUCCUCUUUCUUUCUGUCGGAAACACAUUAUUAUUGUCUUUUUUUUCUACUUAGACAUCAAUAUAUACCCGCUGCACUUUAUACUUCUUAUACUAAGUACACUGCGCAUUUAAUUAUUCACCAUUUGUAAACAUCUGUAGCAAAUAUGGAAUAAAGAAACAUAAUAAGUGAUUAUCCACCUCGUUAGUUGCAUCACCAUAGCAACCAAUGCUGGCAGCCCUUUUAGGGAGGGGGCGGAGUCACAAGUCCACGCCUCCAGCAGCGUGGGAAUAACACACAAUAGUACUAGUAGGACUACUAGUAGAAGUACUACUAGCAGGAGUACUACAAGAAGAUGGAUCUAUCCUGUGAGUCUGCAGAUAGAAGACCCAUCAGUUGCAAGUUGUUGGAGCUCCACGUUCUGCUGGUGCCAGACGACCAUUGGGACAUCAAACUGAAUAAAGUGGCUGCAGAGAGCACAGACAGCUUCAUCUCCGCUGGAUUCAUCAGAGUUCAUCCUGACGUCAGCCUGAAAGCUCUGAGGACUGACCUCCUUGAUGUCCUGGGCUCAGAAAGAAGCGUGGACAAGUUCUGCUUCCUGAAAUGCGUCGGUCGCAGUCUGGCCCUGGUGAGAAGCAAGCAGGAGAAGGAAGUGAAAGUGAAAACCUUCGCUCCGCCUUACGCCGAGCAGCCAGAACUUUAUCUCCUUCCUGUCGCGGACGACGACUUUUCUCACUCGCUCAGCCCCGCCUCCCCUGUGACCUUUGACCCCCACAAGACCUGGAGCUCGCCGGAGGAGGCCCUUAGGUUCCCACAUCAGGCUCCGCCCACCUACAGCCUGGAGGAGGAGGAGGAGGAGUUCAGCUCCUCUGAGGAAGAGGAAGGGCAGGCUGAGGAUGAAGAUGAAAAUGGGUGUGGCAAGAGGAGCGAGUGGGAGGAGUCAGGACAGAGUAACCAAAGGACAAGUGGACCACUUCUACACAAUAAAGGUAAAGAAGAAGACAAGUGCAAGAAGAAAAAGAAAGUUCAGCAGAAAGCAAGCAGAGAUCAAGUGGAGGAAACACCUGCACACAGGCUGGGGAAGACAGCAGAGGUGCACAGGUGUAAGACAACAAGUGUGGCCACUGAAGGCUCCAUGGUGUUGUCCACUUCUCCUCCUCCGGGUCUGGACCUGACCAUGAGCACCCACACCACCAGAGAACAAGUGAUGGAGGAGAUCAGGCUGGUGAAGGAAGCAAGGAAGCAGUUGGAGUGGAGAAGACAAGAGCUGCUCAGGAAAGGAAAAGACUUGCUGGCCCAGAACCGACAUCGCAGGAACCAAGCUCGUGACAGCUGGAAAAAGAAGUAUUUUGAUACCAAGAAGGCCACGGCGCCGUUAGAAGAGGCUCUGAAGAGUGUGCGACAAGAACUGGAGAUGUUUUACAACCAAGUCCUGCAUCAGCUGCACGCCAGGGAGAGCAGGAGCAAGCCACAGAAGCAAGGAGCCUCUGAAAAGAACGAGCUCAUCAUUCAGAUUCUGAGCGAGAGCCACGAGAUGGAGGACAUGAGGAGGCAGGUGGAGGACGCCAAGAUGAAGCUGCUGACGGAGAUGAAGCUGAGGAAACAGGCCGCCACUGAGUUGAGGGGCCUGAAGGCGGAGCUGGCCCAGAAGAAGAGUCAGUCCUGCCAUCUUGGGCCUGUGGCAUCUCCAAGAUGAGUCCAAGUAGCCACGCGUGGAGCUGUUGGAUCCUGACGGAGCGCUGUGCUAUUUUUAAGGACCUUCUGCAAAAAAGCCAAUCUCGUGUUUUGAAGAAUCUGCUGCAAAAAUGUGAGUCCCUCACAAGUUUUCUUUUUAACGGAACUGGCGGGCCCACAUGAUGACAAAGAGAGGACCUAAAAUGGAACAGCAAUGACUACUGACUGCAUCUGAAGUAAACACCACCUUAGUUUCAUAAAUCACAUUACCAGCAAACGUUGUGACUGCCAAAAAAGAGAGGACUUUGGGUGUUUUGAGGAACAGGUUGGAACGCCAGCCAGGUUCAAAUGUCAACACAACUCUAGUAUUAUACGAGUUUGCCACUAAAAUGUCUUUAACUGACUUUGGGGGCCAAUAAUGUGUCUUUGCAGGGUGGGAUUUGGCCCUCGGGACGGCAGUUGAACAGGCUUGCUGCAGCAUAUUUGUAUUCAAGUUUGUAUUUGUAUUUGUGUGUGAAUGUCGUAUUACAAACCCCGAUUCCACAUGAGUUGGGAAAUUGUGUUAGAUGUAAAUAUAAACAGAAUACAAUGA